UCUUGUUAGCUGGAUUAACCAGAGUUUCGGGAUUUUUUUAAAGGAUAGAUACCGACAUACCGCGGGAUGGAGACUCGCUUCUCUCACCUCUACCAGCGGGACAGCAGUGUCUCCAUGCUGCGGGUCAAGAUGGCCCGUCGGCGCUCCCAAUCCCAGAAGGAGAACCGAGAGCGGGCUGUGAACCAGCGCCGUCACCUUGACCAGCUGCCUGAGAUAGAGGCCUCUGUGAUGGACGAAUCUGUAAUCACAGCGUCAGUGGCGGGCAGUGAAGGGACUGCAUCUGUACAGAAGCCAGUGAAAAAUCAAAAUGCUGCAGUGGAAGAGAGGAAGAAGAUGCUAGCACGCUAUAAGGAAGCCAAGGAGCUACAGAAAGAGAAGGAAAAAAGAGAGAAGGAAAAAAAGGGUGGAGUCUUUAGAGUGGGCUUGUACAAGCCCCAGCCCCUUGCCACUCUGCCCCAGAUUUCGGCUGCCCCGAGCAGGGCCAAGACAUCAGCACCUGCCCCAUCCAGCAGGGUGACACGCUCCAUGAAACAGCAGCAGGUUCAGAGGCCUGUAACUCAGAGAGAGCCUGUGUCUGUGUCCAAGAAAGUGGAGCCCGCAGCAGUCAGAGCACCAAGGAGCCGAGUGGUCAGUAAACCACAGACAGCCACCACGACCAGCAGGGGCAGAGUUGUUCCAGUCGAGCCAACAGCCCGUGCCCCAGCGACCAGAGCAGCCGGUAGGCCUCAAGCUGCCCCGCAUAAACCCACAUCAGCAGAUGCGGCAGCUGAUGGUCCGAAAACCCGAGCUGCCAGCAAGCAGCCUGUAGCGCCUCCUGCAGGCAGAGGCAGACCUGCACAAGGCAAGAAUGAGACAAAGGCACAAACCAAGGUACAGAAGCCUGCUGUUGAAGAGGAGAUGGACACCAGUUCUGCUGACCCCCACCCUGAAGCGGAGGAGGCAAAGAUCGAGGAGACGACAGUGGGGUUAGAAGAGCAGACAGCAAAGGCGGAGGAGCAGAUGAUGGGUACAGAAGAGCAGACAACAAAGGUGGAGGAACCACCUGCUCUGCCUUCGUUUGCCCCCCAAGGAUUCGUGUUCCAGGCUCCCUCUGGGCUGAAGCCCUUCCAGCCCAUCCCCCUCACCCCUCGCUCGGCGGACGCCUUCCUCACCCCCAGUUACAGCAGCGUGCCUCCUGCCCUGGUGUUCUCCCCUGUGGCCUCCCAGCGUUGUGUGGAGCCUCCUCUCCCAUCUCCUCCUGCUCCUCCUCAGGCCCUGCUGUCUCCCGCAGGCCCUCAGGAGCCGCAACACGACGUCCCGUACUUCAGGUCAGUGCUGGUCAGUGAGACGGACAGGCUGAAUGGUCUGUGUGAGCAGUGGGAGGUGCGCACUGAGGAUCUGUCCAUCCCAGAGGAGAGUCGAGACAGGAUGCGGACUGCAGUGGGACAGGCCAGGCUACUGAUGAAGGAGCGUUUUUCCCAGUUUGAAGGCCUUGUGGACGACUGUGACCUGGGCAGGGGGGAGAAGGUCACCACCUGCACUGACCUGCAGGGCUUUUGGGAUAUGGUGUACUACCAGGUGGAUGAUGUGAUCAGGAAGUUUGAUGCUCUGAAAGAGGCGGAGACAAGGGGCUGGCAAGAGGAACGCAAGCCCCCACCCCGGCCAAAAAAAGCAGUGAAGCUGCCUCCCACAGCGGCAGCAGGGAAGACUGGAGCAGGUGGAGGGGCGAGCGCCGCCGCCGCCAAGAGCCGCCUGGCUGCGGUGAAGGCGGCCAUGAAAGCCAAGCAGGCGGCAGAGGCAGCAAAGGCCGCACAAGGGCCUGCAGGGGCGGCGACUGACCCUGAAGGCCCACCGCAGGCCAAUGCGACGGCCACCGAAACCGUGGUGUUCCACGGGGGCUUCUUCCAGGUGGAGAGCCCCGCCAAAGCGCCUGGUUCCAUAAGAAGAUCCUCUCGUAUGAGUGCUGUCCCCUCGCCAUGCUCCGCUUCAAAAUUCACCACCCCAGCCAGGCUCCGUCGCUCCAUCGCUCAGCCUUCCCCUCUUCCCCAACUGAGUCUCACCCCCUUGGCAAAGUCAAACACGACCCCUGUCUGCACCCCUCGCCCUGUAUCUCGGGCUCUUCUGCCUCAGGAUCACUCUAGUCCGCCCAAACUCGCUGACCCUUCAGAGCUGGAGGGCAUUGGCUUACUGAGCUCUUCAGUUCCAACUGUUCAGUCUGCCUCUGUUGACCAGCCAGAAAAUGAAUGCAGGCAGUGUAGUGUCCCUGACAAGCAAGAAGAGCUUGUCUCUGAACAGCCUGAUGGUCUCGUGGAGCAGCCAGAAGCCCACAGCCAGGCAACAGUCGCCGUCAUCAACCAAUCGCAGGCUGAGGUAAUGCCCGUACAGACCCUCAUGGGUCAGGCAGAGACCAACAGCCAAUGCGAAGUUGUUGCAGAGACGAUAGACCCCUUGGCUAACCAACUGGGGGAUGUCUCCGAGCCCAAAAUGGACAGUUCUGUCCCUGCCCUGUCUGGCUCCGGCAGUCCAUCUCGACAGGCUGAGACGGCAGAAACUCAGGAGCAGAACAUCUGUCUUUCCCUCUCACCAUGCGCAAAAGCAGAUUCCCUCCCCACUGAAGGCCAUGGGUUGAGUUUUACACUCUCCCCUUGCGCACCUCACAUUUUCCCCACUCAGGGAGGGCAUGGCGACCCCGGUGAUUCAUCACUUGCUCCCACUCAUGUGGUGCAAAUGUCCCCUCCUAUCACCCCUUUGACCCUGCAAGCUCCCAUGAGCUCGUGUACACCCACUGUCUGCCGCACUGUCAGUCCUGCUAGUCCUGCAGAUGUGCACAUGGGCAUAACUCCAGACACGUCAUACUCGGAAGGUGUCCCAAGUUUGGACUUUGAACGUUACCUGCAGCCCACCUUGAGGAGCAGCCUUUCGCCACAGGCGCCCGUUGCUAUGGAAGCAGCAUCGUUGUUGGCAACGCCUACAAUGACGGACGUGCAGAUGGACAGUCCUGAGCCACAGCAGGAACAGAUGCCAGACAGAAAUGCCCCGACAGACACAGCACCAGCCCUGGCCCAGUCACCUGCCCUCCGACACAUGCUUCCACAACACACUGAAAGGCUUGCAGACCUGCUGCUCUUCACCCCUGAGCCAAGGGACAGAGUGCGGCUGUCAGUGUGCGAGAGGGACCUGAUGAUGUUCACCCCUCCCUCCAGCCGCUAG